CCCAGCUGUGUGUCCAUGAAGAGUGACCAGUCCAUGGACCAGCCUCUCCGACUCAGCAGUGGACCACCACAGUCUGAUCCAAAACCACAGACACACAGACCAGUGUCUCCAGUGCCCAGCUGUGUGUCCAUUAAGAGUGACCAGUCCAUGGAUCAGCCUCUCAGACUCAGCAGUGGACAACCGCAGUCUGAUCCAAAGAACAUCCUGACCCUGGAUCAGUCCAGGUGUGGAGUGUGUGAGCAGCUACUGAGGGACCCACUCACCACCAGCUGUGGACACAGUUUCUGCAGGCAGUGCAUCAGCAGCUACAGGAGCCAGUCUGGUCCAUCAGGAGACCACAGCUGCCCUCAGUGCAGAAAGAGACCCAGAACACAACCCAUUAUAAACCCUGACACAACUAUGACACAACCACUGUUAUACCCACCUGAAAAUAUGUCACAGGCUCACCUAUACCCACAAACUAUGGCACAACCUCACCUAUACCCACCUACAGCCAUGACACAACCUUUAUUGUACCAACAUAGUGAAUUGGCACUUCAUCUGAACCCAUCUGCAAACAUGGCACAAGUUCCUCCAUCCCCACACACAGACACGGGGCAGCGUCCUCAAUACUCAGACUCAGCCAUGGGGCAGCAUCCACACAUCCAGCACCCUCUUUAUCCACACAUCCACACGGCACAGAUCUCUUCACAGCCUCCCUUAGAUGAGCACACAGUCAUGAGAGGCAGCACCCAUCUGCAAACUGAGCAUGCUCCAGUCGAAAGGGCCAAACUAACAGAUGACGAUGUCCUGACCAGAGUACUGAUGACCCAUAAAGUCAGCAUGAAGAGGAGGUUUGAGAACAUAUGUGAAGGCAUCAUAAAGUCAGGGACUCAAACACUCCUGAACAAGAUCUACACAGAGCUCUACAUCACAGAGGGAGAGAGUGAAGGGGUGAAUAAUGAGCAUGAGGUUUGGCAGGUAGAAUCUGCAUCCAGGCCGCAAACUACAGAGGACAUAUCUAUUAACUGCAAUGACAUUUUCAAACCCUUCCCUGGACAGAAGAGACACAUCAGAACAGUCAUGACCAAGGGGAUCGCUGGCAUUGGAAAAACAGUCUCAGUGCAGAAGUUCAUCCUUGACUGGGCAGAGGAGAGAGCCAACCAGGAUGUAGAUUUCAUGUUUGUGCUUCCAUUCCGUGAGCUGAAUUUGGUCAGAGAUGAUCAGUACAGUCUUCACAGGCUCCUGUUUGACUUCCACCCUGAGCUUAGGGAGCUACAGGAUAGUGAAUUUAAAGACAGUCGCAUUGUGUUAAUCUUUGAUGGUCUAGAUGAGAGUAGACUUCCACUGAAUUUCCAAGAGAACCAGAACUUGUCUGACGUGACACAAACAUCAUCAGUGGAUGUGCUGAUGACGAGUCUCAUUCAGGGAACACUGCUUCCCUCUGCUCUCAUCUGGAUAACCUCCCGACCUGCAGCAGCCAGUCAGAUCCCUUCUCAGUGCGUCAGUCUGGUGACAGAAGUACGAGGGUUCAAUGACCCGCAGAAGGAAGAGUACUUCAGGAAGAGGAUCAGUGACCAGAAUCAAGCCAACAGAAUUAUUUCACACAUUAAGACAACCAGGAGUCUCCACAUCAUGUGCCACAUGCCAGUCUUCUGUUGGAUCUCAGCCACUGUCCUUCAGCAGAUACUGGAACAGGAUGACGGGAAGGAAGCCCCCAAAACACUGACUGAGAUGUUCAUACACUUCCUGCUCAUCCAGACCACCAGGAAGAGCCAGAAGUAUCAAGAGGAAAGUCAGACAGAUAGACAGAGGCUCUUGGAGUCACACAAGGGUGUCAUAUUGAGAUUGGCAGAGCUGGCUUUCAAGCAUCUGGAGAAUGGCAAUCUCAUGUUUUAUGAGGAAGACCUGAGAGAAUGUGGCAUCGAUGCCAGUGAAGCUUCAGUGUACUCUGGUAUGUGCACUGAGAUCUUCAGGGAGGAAUGUGUGUUUCAUCACAAGAAAGUCUACUGCUUUGUCCAUCUGAGCAUCCAGGAGUUUCUUGCGGCACUGUAUGUGUUUGCCUCCUAUCUGAAAAAGAGCACAUUGAAAUUUCUCAGUGGAACUUCCUUGAGAGAUGAGAAUUUUAUUUUUAGUAGAGAUCAUAAUGAUGAUGAGGAGAAACAGGAGGAGAGUGAAGGGAAGAUAGGAGAAGAGGAGGGGAGCGAAGAAGAGGAGGAUGGAGAAGAGGAAGAAGAGGAAGAGUAUGAUGAUAACAGUUAUGAUGAUUAUGAUGAUAAUUAUUAUUAUGAUAGUUUGUAUAAUCUGUUGAAAGGGGAAGUGGAUAAGGCUUUGGACAGCAAGAAUGGACACUUGGACCUUUAUCUCCGCUUCCUUGUUGGCAUCUCAGUAGAACAGAAUCAGGCUCUUUUACGAGGCUUGUUUUCAAACAGCCACAACAGCUCAGAGAGCAUCAAGAGCACAUGUAAAUAUAUCAAGGAACUCAAGAGGCAGGACCCAUCUCCUGAAAGAUUCAUCAAUCUUUUACACUGCUUAUUUGAAAUGAAUGAUCCUUCUCUACAUGAAGAAGUUCAAGUGUAUUUGACAUCUCCGGAUGGCUUUGUUGGUGAAUUUUCACCUGCCCACUGGUCAGCACUAGCCCACAUGUUUCUGAUGUCUGAGGAGGUGCUGGACGAGUUUGACUUGAGCAAAUACAGAAUACCAGAGGAGGGACAACACAGACUAAUGCCAGCUGUGAGAUGCUGCAGGAAGGCUCUACUUGCUGACUGUAAACUAACAGAGCAGUCCUGUGAGAUUGUGGCCUCGGCUCUACAGUGUGCAAACUCCCCCUUAAGAGAGCUGGACCUGAGUCAGAAUGACCUGCAGGAGUUAGGAGAAAAACUGCUCUCUGCUCUACAGAGUCCAAACUGCAAAUUGGAAACACUGAGAUUUGUUGGCUGUAAACUCACAGAUAAAUUGUGUGAGAUUGUGGCUUUGGUUCUGCAGUCAUCAAACUCCCUGAUGGAACUGGACCUGAGUCACAAUAACCUGGGAUAUUCUGGAGGCCAGCUCCUCUCUAAGGGACUGUCUAGUCCCCACUGUAAACUGCAGACAUUAAGACUUGCUGGUUGUGAGCUAACAGAGGAAUCCUGUAAGGCUGUAGUCUCUGCUUUGCAGUCCUCCAUCUCCCUAAAGGAACUGGACCUGAGUCACAAUGACCUGAAGGAUUCUGGAGUUCAGCUUCUCUCUACAGGACUGAGUAGCCCUCACUGUAAACUGCAGACUUUAAGGCUCAAUCAGUGCCACCUCUCUAAAGCAAGCUGUGAAAUGAUGGCAUCCGUGCUGCAAAGUGCACCUUCCCAUCUGAGAGAACUAGACAUGAGUGACAAUGACCUGCAGGAUGAAGGAGUGGAGCUGCUCUGUGUGGGACUAAGAGAUCCACAAUGCAAGCUGGACACACUGAGACUGUCUGGUUGUCUCAUCACACAUGAGGGCUGUUCUCGCUUGUCCUCUGCCCUCAAAUCAAACCCCUCCUACCUGAAACUGCUGGAUCUGAGCUACAAUCACCCAGGAGACUCAGGUGUCAGAGAGCUUACAGACAGACUGAAUGAUCCCGGCUGUAAACUAGAGACGUUGAGGUAUGACCAUGGAGGAGAGUGCAGGAUUGAACCAGGACCCAGAAAAUAUGCCUGUGAGCUCACACUGGACCCAAACACAGCAUACAGAGAUCUCUCUCUCUCUGAGGGGAACAGAAAGGUGACAUAUGGGCAGCAGCAGUCGUAUCCUGACCACCCAGAGAGAUUUGACCCCAUGGCUCAGGUGCUGUGUAGAGAGGGUCUGUCUGGACACCAUCCAGAGAGAUGUGACAGUCUGGGUCAGAGUCUAGUCAGCACGGGUCAGUCUGGACGCUACUACUGGGAGGCUGAGUGCAGUGGUGGGGAUGAGGUAGCAGUGGCCUAUAAAAGCAUGGAGAGGAAAGGGGGCAGCAGCUUAUUUGGACGUAAUGCCAAGUCCUGGAGUCUGGAGUGCUCUGGUAAUAGUUACUCUGCCUGGCACAAUAAUAAGUACACUGCCAUACCUGCACCCUCCUCCCGCUCCAGCAGAGUAGGAGUGUACCUGGACUGGCCAGCAGGCACUCUGUCCUUCUACAGCGUCUCCUCUAACACACUCACCCACCUGCACACGUUCCACUCCACAUUCACUGAGCCCCUCUAUCCUGGGUUUUUGACCUACUCCUCAGUGUCCCUGUGCCAGAUCACAUGACCUCCUAAUCCUGCAGCAGAGGAGAGCCACACAUUUCUGUUUACACACUCCUGAGUGUGUGUGUGUGUGUGUUUGUGUUUCUUCUCUUGCCUCAUCUGUGUAGCAUUUUCCCUCUCACUGUUCCCCCUGUGUUUGCUGCUCCCUCUGUUACUCUCUUUUAUCGGUGUGUGUGUGUGUGUGUGUGUGUGUGUGUGUGUGUGUGUGUGUGUGUGUGUGUGUGUGUGUGUGUGUGUGUGUGUGUGUGUGUGUGUGUGUGUGUGUGUGUGCGUGUGUGUUGUGUGUGUGGUGUUUGUGUGUGUGUGUGUUUUGUGUGUGUGUUCCUUGUCUUGCCUCCUCUGUGUUGCAUCUUCUUUCUCACUGUUCCCCAUACAGUGGGUACGGGUUGAGAAUGCACCUUCUCCCGCGGGACUCCCGAAGUGAUCCCGCAGGCCGUCAAGACGAUUUUUUUCGAGGCUAAGGCAAUGUACCCAAACAACCACCAGGUGGCAGAAAGUUUCAUCCCGCAUUUCAAAAUGAUGAAGACCGCAUAUCCGUCAAUAGUC